UUCAGCUUCUUUCUCCUAGCCUUCAAACCCUUCACUCCAAUCCCAUGAAAGUUAACAGCAAACCAUCCUUCAGGUGACUGCCAUCACUUAACUCUCUUGCAGUUCUUUCUUCUUCACCCAAUAGAAGAAACCCAUGCCCUUUCUAAAACCCAACUGAGAGAUUUUCCAUUUUUAUGUUCACAUCUUUCAAAACAAAAUUCCCACUUUUCAACUUGUGAAAAAAAAAGCAAGCUUGCAUGUAAGCACUUAUUUCCCAAAUUGGCUUACUCUUCAAUUCCCUUCAAUUUCUUUGCUUGCAUUCCACUGAACAAGUACUAAAAUUUAGAGGCAUAUUUUACUUAUAAGCCCUUGUCAUCCAACACAUAAAAAAGAUGGAACCUUUUCAUCCUUCUCUCACCUUUCCCUUCUCCUACACCUUCAACACCACUACUAGUGCACUUGGUGGUGGCAUUGCUGAAAAUAUAGCCACAUCAUGUCCUAAUCCAUGGAUGGAUGCUAGGAUAUGGUGCAAGCUCCCCCAUCGGCUCCUCGAUCGUGUCAUCGCCUUUCUCCCACCGCCUGCCUUUUUUCGCUCUCGAUGUGUCUGCAAGAGGUGGUAUGCUCUCUUGUUCUCCAACACCUUUCUUCAGCUCUACCUCGAAGUAUCUCAGCGCCGCCAUUGGUUCCUGUUCUUCAAGAACAAGAGCCUCAGGGGAAGCUACAUAUACAGGAACAACAUUGGAGGAAGCAACGGUGACAGCAACAGGGGUGGUACUAAUUGUGAAGGUUAUCUUUUUGAUCCUUAUGAACUUUCAUGGUAUCGCCUUUCGUUCGCUCUACUUCCCUCCGGCUUCUCCCCAGCUUCAUCUUCCGGCGGUUUAAUCUGUUGGGUUUCGGAUGAGGCUGGCCCGAAAACUCUCAUUCUAUGCAACCCAAUUGUUGGUUCUAUGUCUCCAUUGCCUCCAACUCUAAGACCAAGGCUCUUGCCUUCCAUAGGGUUGAGUGUCAACCCUACAUCCAUUGAUGUAACUGUUGCUGGAGACGACUUGAUCUCUCCAUACGCUGUGAAAAACUUGACUGCCGAGAGCUUCCAUAUCGACGCAGGCGGGUUUUUUUCGCUGUGGGGAAUCAAUUCUUCCCUCCCAAAACUCUGUAAUUUCGAAUCAGGUCAAAUGGUUAAUGUUCGAGGAAGAUUCUACUGCAUGAACUACGGCCCUUACAGUGUCUUAGCCUAUGAUGUGGCAGCAAACAAUUGUUGGACGAUUGAGGCCCCCAUGAGAAGGGCCCUGAGAUCUCCAACCUUGAUGGAGAGCGGUGGGAAGCUGCUUUUAGUUUCUGCAGUUGAGAAGAGCAAGCUCAACGUGCCGAAAAGCUUGAGGAUUUGGGGGUUGCAGGCUUGUGGAACAACUUGGGUUGAGAUGGAGAGGAUGCCGCAGCAGCUCUAUGUGCAAUUUGAUGACCUGGAGAAUGGGAAUGGGUACCGUUGUGUUGGACAUGGAGAGUUCAUCACCAUCAUGAUUCUGGGUUCCGACAAGGCGUUGCUGUUCGAUAUGUCCAGGAAGAGGUGGCAGUGGAUUCCUCCGUGCCCUUACGUUAAUGCUGGGGUUGAUGGGGACUUGCAUGGCUUUGCUUAUGAACCCCGGCUCGCUACGCCGGUCACUGGGCUGCUUGAUCAGCUCACUGCAAUUCCUUUUCAGGCUUUCAGUGCUUAGGAGGGUUCAAGUUGCAAUGUGAUCUAAAUAUGUAGCCGUAGGAAAGUGGCAGUGAUGUCGGUGUUAGUAGGUUUAGUCCAACCUACUGAGGAGCUACUUGUUAUAUUUGAAGUUAAUCUGCUAUGUAUUUUGUCGUUCUCUUCUACCUGGUGUAUGAAACAGGAGAUAGUUCGCAUAACUAUUGUGAUAAACGUAAUAAUAUUUCCUGGAAUUAACUACAAGAUUGAAAACGGCUA